GAUGAGUGUGGACCAGAUGAAACCUGACAGGGCAGCAUAUUUUGGUAUUUAAACCGCAUCCCUGGCAAAGGAAAGAGAACUCCACCUUUGUGUAGAGACAUCAGCGCUCAGAACCAUGGAGAGCUCCGGACUGUGGACAAGAGCAGUAGUCUGCGCCGUGUUGCUGUCCGUACUUGUUGGCGCUGAAACGAAUGACUCGGACAUGGAUUUAGAAUUUGAAACAAGAGCUUUAACUGAUUUCUACCGCACAGAUCCGAACCUCACCAACGAAAAACAGCUUCUCGGGGCUCUGCAAGAAGUUCUAGACAAACUUCAACAAAAACGAAUUCCAUCUUGGGAAAAGAAAUUCGGCCAAGUUCCCACGUGCUAUGUGGGAGAGCAAUGUGCUGUGAGAAAGGGAGCGCGAAUCGGCAAGAUGUGUGACUGUCCACGCGGGGCGGUUUGCAACUUCUUCCUUUUGAAGUGCCUGUAGAUAAUGUUAAAUUGGAUGUAUUCAAAGUUCUAGUUUAAUGAAAGAUAGACGUUGGGCUAUGAGUAUUGUAUUUUUAUGUAACAACAGACAAUAAAUAAACGUGCGUGGCGGAUUUAUAAAGCCUAGAAUAGGCUAACUGAAGAUCUGUUCCACCGUCUGAUGGUUUGUGACAUAUUUCACUGUGUUACUGAAUUAAAAUGUGUUACUGUUUUGUA